AUGCUUCCUAUAAACGUUGCCAUGGCAAAUUCCACCCCCACUUCACCGACAUUUUUUGGGCUUGUCGCCGUGCUGGAUGACCCAGUGAGAAUUGGGCCCAGUCUGGAUGCCGAGAUCGUGGGCCGGGCCAAGGGAUGGAAGAAAUCCUUACCUGCAGAACUAUCGAGAAAUGUCGAUAAUGGCGGGAUGGGAGAUUUCCUGUUGGCGCGUGGACACAUUGGGGUGAAUACGAUGACAAAGAUGGAGAAGCAAAUAAUCAUACUAUGUAUAUAUAUCCUCCUCUCUAUAGCUCUCUUGGGCCAAGCCCAUAGUAUUCCCGCCAAAAAAUGGUCCCGACGCGCUUUCCACGGGAGAGAGAAAGUCACACGUUUACAAGUGUACGUCCAAGACAUAUUGACCGGCCCAAGCCCGACUAAUAUAGCCGUGGCCCGGGCCAACACCACUUUCGCUUCCCCGACCCUUUUCGGGCUUGUUGCGGUGAUCGACGAUCCGGUGAGAACGGGCCCAAGCCUGGGCUCGGAGAUAGUGGGCCGGGCCCAGGGACUCUUCGCCUUCGCCUCGUUGGAGGAGAUUAGCCUCCACAUGACGUUCGACAUAUUCUUCACGGGCAGGGCCCACAAUGGGAGCACGCUGAGCCUGAUCGGACGCAAUCCGUACCCACGGGACUACCGUGAGCUGUCGGUGGUCGGUGGGUCAGGCGAUUUCAGGCUGGCGCGCGGGCAAGUUGGGAUAAGGACAGUGUCGGUUGAUAGCACGACGGGCAAUGCAAUCGGGCCAAGCCCGAAUGCAGAGACAGUGGGUCGGGCCCAAGGAUUUUUCGCCCACUCUUCAUUAAAUGAGAUAAGUAUCCACAUGACAUUUGAUAUCGUGUUCACGAAAGGCGAGUAUAGUGGGAGUACGCUUAAUUUGGUGGGUCGAAACCCCUAUCCGAGAGAAUAUCGUGAAUUGUCGAUUGUCGGUGGGUCGGGUGCAUUUCGAUUGGCGCGCGGCUUUGUUGAGAUUCGAACCGUGUCGGCCGAAAACUGGACGGGAAUCGCAUUUUUUCAGUAUAAUAUUACGAUUUUACACUAUUAA